AUGCAAAAGAACGCUCAAGACGUCGGAACAGGACUCGUCGGUGCACCGGCCUGUGGCGAUGUGAUGAAGCUACAAAUCAAAGUCGACCCCAGCAACGACACGAUCACGGAUGUGAAAUUCAAGACUUUCGGAUGUGGUUCUGCGAUUGCCAGUUCGAGUUAUUUGACGGAACUUGUGAGGGGCAUGACGCUCGAACAGGCCGGUAGGAUUCGGAAUACGGAGAUCGCUAAGGAGUUGUGUUUGCCGCCUGUGAAGUUGCAUUGCUCUAUGCUUGCCGAGGAUGCGAUCAAGUCCGCUAUUUCGAAUUAUUAUACUAAGAACCCCAAGGCUCGAGCAACGGAUUUGGGUGGUACUGGUGCUGCGAUGCCUAAGAUUGAGAUUGAAAAGGUGCCAGCUGAUGCGUCGACUGCGGCUGCGUCGUAGGAUGAUGGACGGAAGGACUUUGCGUAAAGACUGAAAGGACCUCGGAGGAUUUUUGAUGAUACCUUUAGAGUUUCCUCUGUGGUACGGUGUACAUAAGGACGUUCGCAUUGUGAGGACAGAUUCUUCCUCCUCUUCUCCUGUCCGUGGUACGGGAAAGAAUGACAAAUUGCGAAAAUCUGAUGAUCUG